AUGAUGAUGGUGGUGAUCAUCAUCUUUACUUUUUUUAUUAUUCUUCAUAAUAACAUUGUAGAACCAACCUUUAUAGGAUCAAGUACAAUAAAGAAAUGUAUUAGAGAUGGUACUACAACAGAGACAUCUGCUAAUCUAGAUUGCUCAGAGAAACUAUUCGUAUCAUUGACACUAAAUAAUAAUCAAUUGGAAACAGAACAAAUACAAGCAGUUGUUUAUGAAGAUGGUACUAGUGGAAAUCUGUCAUAUCCUAUAGAGGUGUCAUUUUCAAAGUCACAGGUAUUUAUUCAACAUCCUGUGAUCUAUGAGACAACUGUGAGUAACAAGCCGUACGAAACUGUCAUUUACAAACGAGAUGAUAUCAUCUUGACAGAGUGUGAAGAUAAACCUACUCAGAGUACCUGUGGAUACGCCGUCGUCAAUGGUAGUGCUGUGCGAGAUAGUCAGGGGUUCUGCUGCACCUGCAUCUUUUCAGAUUACUUUACACAGGAUCACAACUCACGUGCUAACCUCAAGUGUACGCUGUUGAAUGACCAGUCGUCAUCUGCACAUUGUCUGGGAUUUGACAAGGUCUUGUACAACGUGUAUGCUAUCCAACCGGGGACUAUACUAUACCAAAUCAACGCGACCAUCAAGUACUUGGACCCAGAAUUCAACUUUACCCGUUCCAUCCCAUUGGUAGUGUCUCCAGUCUCGCCAACCGCCGUCGACGCUAAAAAGAACAUGAUUCUCAUCUCUGACCCAACCAACCCACGUACCAAAAUGUCGCCUAUCCAGUCAUCAUUGAUACUCGACCGUCGACUAUUUGGUGAUGAGUGUGACAAGAUUGGUGUAUCCUAUUCCAAGUUUCAGAAUCAACCCAAUCGAUGUGGUGCCCAGUUUGGAACAUGUCUCAACAAUCAGAUUGACGACUACUUUAAGGAGGAUACCGACAAGAUGUCCAAAGGACUCAAAGGCAACUAUAUCUUGUCCAACUUUGGUAGUCAGAUGUUUGCCAGUCUCGACUCUUCCUCGUCGCAAGCCAACCGAUUCAUCAAGAUUCAAAUUGACCAAAUCCACCAAACUCAAAUAUCACUCGAACUCAAAGCCGAUCAACUCCGAGUCAUCAUGAAUACAAGUCCUGGAAAGAUUAUCGAGGCCUAUGUCAAGACCUUUGAAGCAAUGUCAAAUAAUGGUGUUUUAGUUGCUUCCAUCAAGAAUACAGGUGUCAUUGUAGCAGAGUAUGAUGUACAAGUUAAAAACUGUUCCCAAGAGAUCAAUCCCAUCCCAGCACAAAGAAGUUCAAUUGCUGGAGGUCAAUACAAAACACUUCAAUUUGAUAUCACCACUCAAUCAGAGUUAAAGGAUACCUACUAUUGUUAUGUUGAUCUACUCAAUGGUAAUGCCGAGUUACUCGAUAGUAAAUUAGUCUAUUUCAACGUAUCAGAAACAGUCAUUAAAAAUCCUCAAGGUACAGGUACAAGAGAUGGUGAUAAUUUAAAUAUUGGUUUUGAAUUAACUUGUGAUGAUUAUUGUCCUGAUUUUUUCCAAUUACUUUGUUUUGUUUCACAACCAAAAUGUACAUCAAGAUUAAUUAUUACAAUUGCAGUUUUGAUAUUGGUAGUUAUCAUUGUUAUUGCAUUUAUUAAAUCACCUGCUCUAAGAAAAAUGUUUUGUUGUUGUUGUGGAUGUAUUGGUGGUAAAAAGGGUGGAUCCUCUUCAAAAGAAUCCAAACAAUUAUCAAAAUAUCUUGAAUCCCAAAAAGAACAAGAAAUUCAAUCUUUAAUUAAUUCAACUCAACAACAAUCACAAUUAAAUCAACAAAAUCAACAAAACCAACAAAAUAUUAAUACAGAUAAUAAUAAUAAUAAUAACGAUAAUAAUAAUAGUUUAGAUAAUGCAAUCAAAAAUGGAAUCAAAUUAUUUUUAAAUUUAGAAUUAUCAAAUGAUACUUUUAAUGAUUUUGGAUUAUUAAGUGAAAGUGAUAAUGAUAAACAUUUUAUUUGUUUUAGUGGAUCAAUUGUAAAAAAGAAUUCAUCUUAUACAUUUACACCAAAUCCAAUGACACAAACAUUAUUCCAAAACCAAGAUAAUCGUAAACAAUUCUUGAAUCCACCAGAACCACUAAGAAAGGAAUUGUUAUCAACCAAUCUAACCAAAUCACAAGCCAUUAAAAUGGUAACUGCAAAUGCACCCAAACCAAAUUAUAUUUGGAUUAAUAAGGUUAAACCUUCCACCAUCAACAACAACAAACAUCAACAAUUAAAAUAA